GGUUAUCCUCAUCAAGCAAUAUAUAUUUUCUUAAUAAUAGUUUUAAAAUAUAUAAAUUUCACAUUAUAUAAAUUUCAGAAAAGUUUAUUAUCAUGUGUUUAAAACAAGAAUUUCUCUUACAUAUUAUAUAUAUUCUCUUUGCAAUAAAAUGUACAUUGUAAAAUUUCAUCGCAGAAAAAGUUAUUUCGACUCUAUAUAGUAAACUGAUCAAAUUUUUUAACUAAUUAAUAAAUAAUUUAACUAAUUAAUUUUUAUUUAACUAACUAAUUUUUUAUUUAUUUCUUGAUUAUGCUAAAAUUUACUAGAAUAAAUAUAAUAUUUGUGAUGGGCUUAUGUGAACUACUUGCAGAUAUACCUGACAUUUUCUUGAGUAAAAUAUAUAUUUUUCUGUGUGUAUAAUCAUAUGUAUAAUUAUAUAUGCGCCCACAAAGAAAAAUAUUGUUGAAUCGAGAAAAGAGAAGACAGUUUCGUUCGAUUAAAUGUUGACAUUACGGACUAUUGUAAACGUAAGCAGUUGAACAUAGAGACAAAUAAAAAAGUCUAAUUGUUUUUCGUAGCAGUGGAAUGAUACUUUUUUGUGUGUGUAAGAACAAAUGAGCUAUAUAUAAUUAUAUAUAUUUUUGUUUAAUAUAGAGACAAAAUUCAUAUCUAUAAUUAUAUAUAAUAAUUUUUUCUCAAAGAGAAAGUAAAUUCCCGAAAAAACGCAGAAGCGUCUCAAUUGCGAAUCGUGCUUUUCACUAAAUUUUCAGUUUAAUUUGUAGGCCGAUAUUCAUAGUCGAAUCUUAUAUUUAAGACUGUCUUAAGUUCAUUUUCAGAUACUCUUUGAUGCCAAUGAAAUGAUUCGUACAGCAUCUGAAGAUUAACUUAAGACGAUCUUAAAUAUAAGACCUGACUAUGAAUACCAGCCGUAUAUCCUUUCUUGAAGAUUUUUCCAAUUUUCUCGAUGCAAACGUCAAAAUUGCACCAGCCAACGCCAUCCGACGACGAGGAGGGUCAACUGAUGUCCAUCGCGACGUAGCUUGGAUCAGAACCGGGCGGUAUGGGCGCCGUACGGACGCGACGGACCUUAUCCGUCGAGAAAAGCCGCGGAUGCAGCCGCACGCAGUUCCAUGUUCGCAUUUUGCGAACGUAGCGGCGUUCUGCGUCCGCGGGCGAUUCGAGAUGCGAGCGCGGGCUUCCCUCUCUUUGUCCUUUUCAAAGGCACUCGAUCCUCCCCCACGAGACGUUUUCCGAGGAGGGAUGCGCGCGGUGGUGGCGGCCGAGCAAGAGUGGGGAUGCACCGCGAUUGCAAUAAAACGAUGGAAAUAUUGGAAUCGGCGCAAUAUGAUUCCACGACGGGUCGCGAAAUGAAACGAAACAAUGUUUUGCGCUGCGCGGAACCGUCGGCGAUCCCACUCUUCCUCUCGUUCUCUCUCUCAUCCCGUCCUCUCACCUCUCUCGCCCCGCGCCAACCGAGGAUUUGUUAAAUAUCGAGCGCGUCUAGCUAGUACCGUGGCGAAAAUGGCCGGCGUUUAGUCGUCCCUUAGUUCGCGUUUAAAUCGACCUGGCUUAACCCGGCUGCUCGCGGCACCACAGGCUCUGCUACCCUCGCUCGCAUCACGUCGCGUCCAUCUCAUCGUCUCCUCCAUCCCAUGAAGACACCGCUCCCGGGGGGCACCCGCGUUUUCAAACGCGUGCCCUCCGCCCGCGAGAAAAGCCGGACGCGUCCGGGAGAGAGUGCGAGCACCUGGAAAACUGCGUUUUGCCGAGAUACAAACCUCGCGAAUACGUCCCGCGAAUGCGAUUCGUCCGCGAGAACGUUGGAUGGAUACGAAUAGACGCGAGACACGAGACUCCGGGUGAUCAGAGGCGCGCUUGGAUCGCUCUAACAAAAGCGUUUCGGGACUGUUCUCGGGGUAGCCGCGACGAAUACGCGCCGCGUCGAGCGCGCGGUAAGACGGACGGGGCGUUAUUAGCGAAGUAUGAGUGCACAUGGGAAAUCGAUUCACUUGUUGGGACUUAGUUGCGAGCAACGAUAUCACGUGCGAAUCGCACGCGGCGAUUCUCGUGACCCACUCGACGCGACGCAUACAACACGUCGGCGACGCCGGUGGCACCCAAACAGCUGACUGUUCCAAAACCGCGCUUAAACAAACGAACAACGCUGCCGCGAGGCAGACGACGGUCGCGCGACGGACGGGACAUUUGUGUAUACGGGCUCGCGAAUUAACCUCGAAUCUAAAUCGAUCGGCCGAUUGACCGGCCGAUUUUCCGGUGUUUCAAGGAGAAGUGAGGUGAGGUGAGAACUCGGUCAAGAAACCGGGAAAGCAUGUCCUCGGAGACGACGACGGUGUUGCUGAAGAAGCGAGAGAGGACGCAGAACUGGAUCCCGGAGGAGAAGAGCGCCCUGUUCGCUCUGAUCAAGCUGCACGUGAACGCGAUCGAGAACAAGAAGAUCGACCAGGCGGCCUCCACGAUGAAGGCCCUCGCUUGGCAGCAGGUCUACUCCGCGUUCCGCGGCCGAUUCUCCGCGGACAGGGACAUCGUGCGGAUAAGGGAACAGUGGCGGCGAAUGAAGUCGCAGGCGAGGAUAGAAAUGUACACGUACGCCGAGAAGGUGCGAACUUUGGGACCGGAGGUGGCAGCUAAAUCUCGUCCGUCAAGUCUGUCGGUCGAGGUGUGGAAGCUAAUGGAAAGCGUGCGGCGGAACAAUCGCGACGCCGAGCGUUCAGACGACAGCAGCAGCCAAGACACACACGAAAAUCCGACGACAAAUCGGAUGUCGACGAUACACACUAUCUUGGACAACUUAAUUGGCAUACCCGCGACACCAGAGACACAAGCGCAAGAACACGAAAUAAAAGUCGAGAUGGAAGAUACUUACAAUACGGAGGACGAUAACAGCCACAGUGAAUCCCCGCGCAAAUCGCCGCCGAGUCUCUCGUCGAGGAAGCGUCCUCGCACGGCGACGUCGGCGUCGGCGACGGAGGACGAGCCCGUGGAGUCCCUCGAGCCGAAGAUCGCGUACAGUGGCACAACGUCCCGCAUCGACGAUGCGGCGGAAUACCACGGCGGCGCGCACUACGAGUCACUCAGUGACAUGCACGACGCGGCGCAACAAAGGGCGAUGUGGGUGUGCAGAUUCACGCAGCGCGAACACGAGAUCAAGCUGAGGAUGCUGCAGAUCGAGCUGGAACGUGCGGAGCUGCAAAAGCAAACUGCCCUGAACGAACUGAAAACUUCCGAGAUCAAGAGGCAACUGAUCGAAAGUCAAGCAGCGGAAUACUUCAGGUCGAUACACUAGCAUUCGAUGCACUCACCCUCUGAGUGAAUUGCCACUCGAGCACUCCGACUGAAGCACCAAUUUCACCGCCUCCUCGAAUUGUCCGCGUUCUUGAACGUUUACGUACGCGGAGAUGUCUCGUGAUGUUUGUUGGUUAUAUACUCGCCUCCGUAACUCAAGUCGAACUGCCGCGCGUCGCGGCAACUCCGAGCCCCUGAUUGGUCCUCGGGAUUCUGUCCUCAGCCAAUCAGAAGGAGAAGAAAAUUCAAAUCAGCGGCAAGUUCAAAUCAACG